CAAAAAGCAUCAUCAAUAGUACAACAAAAGAUCAUAAACAUAAACCAUGAGAUUCACUAGGGUAUUGAGACAAGCGGAAGAAGUUUUGGUCAGAGCUGCAUCCGGGAACCCAACCGGUUUGACCGGGAUCUUCCAACAUCCUAACCCAAGACCAGCAUUGAUUGCCCUUUACAGUCACACCUUAACUUUGUUGGACACAAAGUUCCCAAAGGAAUCUAUUUAUAAACAAUCUGUUGAAGCUUUGACCAAGAACCGUUUGGCUGUCGUUCAAGCUGAAGAGAUCACUGAAAAUAUCGAAAACAAGAUUGGUGGUGGACUUAUUGAAGAAAUUAUCAUACAGGCACACGAAGAAUUGACCUUGGCUAAUGAAUUGGCCGAAUUGAAGGUUUGGGAAGAAUUAGAGGAAAAGCCAUUGGACGACCAAUGGGUUUAUUUUGGUAAGAAGAUUUAGGUGUAUAGACAAUGUACGAGAUAGGUAAAAGGA